AUGCCCCCCGCGCUGCUCUCCCACUGGCUCUGCCUCGCAGCCACGGUAGUGUGGCUUGGCGUGGACGGCCACCCCAAGGCAGUGAUUGCCGCGGCUUACUCGCUUCGGGCUGAAGCUGCGGAGGCGGUUGGGCAUCUGCUGCACCCAGCAGUGGAGGUGCGGUCGCAGCUGCAACCGGAGGGUAAGGCGGCGGCCAUAGCAGCGCUCAAGGCGGCCCGCGGCGUCACCUGCAUGGUGGGAGACGGCAUCAACGACGCACCCGCCCUUGCAGCCGCUGAUGUCAGCAUCGCCAUGGGCACCAUUUGUUGGUGUAAGGGCCUAAUAAACUCAAGCUAUUAG